AUGGCAGUGCCCAUUGGUACGAUCCGAGACCAAUAUUUUGAGUCCCUCUCGGCGGACCCGUCCAACCCACGCUGGAAGUGCGUUCUCUGCGGCAGGCGUACCAUGGCAUACUACGGCAACCACAUGAACACCCCUAAACACCGUCAAGCUGUUGCUCGAUUUGAAGCCCAACAGGCCUCUGCUAAUCUACCACUCCCCGGCCUCAACCCGGACCCUCCGCCCUCACCUGGUCGCCAAACAGGAAUCACCGAGGACAACCCAGUUCGCAGCGAGACACCGGAAAUAGAGGAGGAGGGUGAGCGGCCUCCUUCGCCACUCACCUUCCUCCGCGCGCUCAAGAUCGCAGACGAUAGCGAUUUGGGUAUGUCCGAGCUUGACAUCGACCUUCCCAAACUGGCUGAAGCUCUCACCGCCAUGGAGGACGAAGAUGCCAACGACCAAAUGGACGAAGCUGAAUUGGAAGAAGAAUUAAAGAGCUGUCCUGUCACGGAUGAUGUUGAAUGGUAUCCUUUCAAGAAGAAAGAAGUGUGUUGCCAUAAUGAAAUCAUUUUGCCUAUAUGUGUAGCUGAUAAGUAUUUAUUUGCUUCAGCACUUGGUCGCUUUGUUGCUCAUCGGGUCAACGAGAAGUAUACUGUCGCGUUCGCAAUAUCAUCGCAUCCGUUCCAUAUUACGGAUUUGUGA